UAGUCAACAAUUUUCCAGAGCAAUGCCUUCCACCUGACUACGUUCUCCAACAGUUUGGUCAUGUACACAACGAGGAAAUUUUGUUUGAAGAUGUGAUUCUUGUACCUACACAUUCUAGCUUGGUUGAUUUACCAUUCAGGAUGAGUAUGGAGGACGAAGAGGGACUUUAUGCGGAUGUUGAGGCAGAAACAGCUGACUCUGUUAUGUCUCUGUCCUUACAGAAGAAGGACAAGACAUGCCUAGUGUGUGGAGACAAGGCCCUUGGCUAUAACUUCAAUGCAGUGUCCUGUGAAUCAUGUAAAGCAUUCUUCCGUAGAAAUGCUCACAAGACAAUACGAGGGCGAUGUGAAGGAACAUGUGAGGUCACAGUAGACUCAAGGUCAUUUUGUAAAAAAUGUCGUCUCCACAAAUGUUUUUCUGUUGGGAUGAGAAAAGAUAUGAUAUUAAAUGAGGAACAAAAGAAACAGAGAAAACAAAAGAUAAUUAUCAACAAAUUACGUAAACAUGGACAACUACCUCCAGAAGACACUUAUGCUGCUUCUCCUCAGGAUUUUGCUGAUACAUUUCAGGACCAAAUACGAAAUCAGUCAUUUGAGGAUCUUCGUUCCACAUUCCCAAGAUUAUCAGACAGUGAUUUGUUAAUGCUCAUGAAACUAAAAUCAGAAAAUGAAAGUGAAUCAUGUCCUGUAAGUGCAGACAUUUCCAGUAAGUAUCCAGCUUGGAAUGAAAGUCAGGAUCUUGUGCAAGAUAUUAUAUCACAGUUUCCUGAUAUGGAGAAAGGAAUUAUUAUAGAGUUGAGACGAGCUCAUGAACAAACAGAAUUCUUAGGAAAUACACAGACAGUUUUGAAAAGCUCCCCAAAGAAUAGUACCGAUUUUGUCAAUGUUGCCGAAGGCUUUGUUCGUCGAAUUAUCAAGUUGUCCAAAUAUAUAGAAUUUUUCAAGAUGAUAAAUAAAGAAGAUCAGAUUGGAUUAUUAAAAGGUAGUGUUGUAGAAAUUUUGAUGUUACGGUCAGCGGUCAACUUUGAUGCUCAGACAGAAACUUGGUCUUUGAGUACAAAAAAAAUGUUGACUCCAUCUCUAAACGAAAGAAAAUCAUCCACAUCCACGUCCACAUCCAUGAGUUCUGAGAUAAGCUCCCCUGUCUCACCAGAUUCUGCCUCAUCUUCUGUUUCUGAAACAAAAAAUUCUUCUUUCCGAGGAAACAGUGGAGGAGUUGAUAUGGAUAUGAUCAAUUCUAUGAGAGAGCAUGCCCAGAGGAUGGGUUUUGACAUAGAGAGUCUAAGGGAACGUGCUGCUAGCUUUGGCUUCGAUGUAUCAAAAAUGGCAGGAAUGGGAGUUUCUGAAUUCUCAAGGAGUGCUGAUGCAUCUGCUCAAUCUGUUGGAAUUGAUCUCUCCAAAAAAACUGGAAACGUAGAAAAAGAAGAAAUGAAAUUAGAAGCCAAUAUACUCAAAAUGGGAAACCCUGAAACACAGAGCAUGUUUUUGACAUAUUCCAAAUUUGUGAAGUCCUUGAUGAGAAUUAUACAUGGAGAUUUGUUAAUUCUGAAACUGUUAAUUAUGUUAUCUUUGUUUUCUGCUGACAGACCAGGACUGCAGCAGCAGGAUAAGAUUCAGGAAAUACAAGAAUGUUAUGCUAAAAUUCUUCAAAGAUACGUCAAAGAUAGGUUUCCGGAGGAUAGUACAUUGUUUGCCAAGAUCAUAAUGAAGCUGACAGACCUAAGGAAUAUAAAUGAAGUUCAUACUAAAAUGUUACUGAAAAUGAAAUUAGAUUCUAUAGAACCUUUAUUGAUAGAAAUAUUUGACUUGCCAAGUUAAGAGAACAUUUGCUCAAUGUGAUUGUGUUUUUCACAAAUAUUGGGAGAGGAUGAAGGGGAUUAUUUUAUUGUUAUUAUUUUACAUUGUUUAAAUACCAAUUAAUUUUAUUGACAACAUUCUCUAUCUAUAAAGUAUACCAAAGUUUUUAUGUGAAAAAGCAUACAUUUAAAGAUUGGAAAUAGGUUUUGAAUUUAAAAUUGAAUUUGAAUUUUGAAAUUAGUCAUUUCAAUUUUGACCUUGAUUUUAAAAUAUCACUUCACAUGUGAUGUAAGAGAGAGGCAAAAAAUUUGGUUAUGAAUACUGGGUCUGCAUCAUAUCUUUCUGUGAAUGCACAACAAAAACAUCAAUAAGCCAUAUAUAUAUUGCAUAAUAAUUUAAGCAUAUAUAAGUUAGAGAAUUAUUGCCCAUUCAAAUGUAUUAAGUUGAAAAAAAAGUAUUGGUUUAUGAUAUAUCAAAUUCCGACUGUGCGAGGGCUUUAUAGCCAGUCAAGGUCGUUAAUAACCCCCAUUAUCAUCGAUAAAGCAAAACUUUUCACUGUUUUACAAGUAUUACUUUUUGGCUGUGAAACUAAAACUAAUUAAAUUUGUUUACAAAUGAUGAAACCUUUAUUACUUUUACAAUUCACCAAUUCAGCCGUUGAAGUCUUUCCAUACAAAAGUCUGCUCUGCAGUAAAGAUCUCAGAACAGAAAAUUAUACAUAGACACACUCCUAUAACCUUUUGCAUAAUAACAACAAGACUUGUUUACUUACUCAGAGGAACUCUGGAGAUAAUUAACUAUGUAUGAUUAAUUAAUGAGAGAGAGAAAACUAUGGGUCAGUUUACAGUAAACAUGUAUUGAUUUGUUAGGUUUGUCAUGGCAUGCAUGAUACUAAGUACAAGUGUAGGUAACCAAUCAUUAAGCUUAAGGUUACAUAUUUUUAGGCUAUAUUUGAAUUUACGAAUAUUGAUUUUUUCAGCACUUAUCAUAACUUCUAUAGUUUCUGUAAGUUUUACAUGAAAGUUUUCUGGAUUUUGACAGAUUUCCUGAUUUUGAAUAUCCCCACAUUAUCUGAUUUUAGCCCCUUCUGUAUUUUCAUUUAUGAUGAUAAAAUUCUGAUAAAAAAUUGACAGAAUAUAAAACAGAAUCCUGACAGUGAAGUGAAAAGUUAUAGAAUUAGGAUUACUAAGUGAAAUAAAAGAUAAAAUUCCAAUAACAAAGUGAAAAAAUGGUAAAUUCAGAUAACAAUGUGAAAUAAGAUAGAUUAUUGAUUACUUAGUAAAACAAAAACAUAGAAAUACAUUAAAGAUAGAUUUAGAUAACUAAAUGUAAUAAGAUUAGGGUAAACAGACUGACAAAGUAUUAAAAACAAAUAAAAUAUAAAAUUUGGAUAAAAAAAGAGAUUUUAAUUUAUAGAUAGAAUUCAGAUCACAAUAUUAAAUGAAUUAGGAUUAAGAUAACAAAACAAUACAAAAGAUAAAAUAACUAGGUUUAACAAAUAAUGGAAUAAGAAUGAUAAAGGGAAAUAAAAUAUUUAAUCAGAUUAGGCAGGAAAUGACAGAGUUAUCUUUCUUUACUAGUUAAAAAAAUUACAUGUUUAAUUUAUUUACAUGUAAUAUACAGUUCAGGUGCUUUAUUAGACUUGCCAUUGAUAAUAGCUGAAAUGAAUUAAAGGGAUGAAUUGUGAUGAAUUAUGGGUAGGAUUGUGAUGAAUUAUGGGUAGGAUAGUGAUGAAUCAUGGGUAGGAUUAUGAUGAAUUAUGGAUAUGGUUGUGAUAGAUAGAAAACUUGUACUAUGAAAAUUCCUUCAUAGUGUGUGGAUAGUUUUUUGGGUGUUCAACUAUUUGUCUGAUUCAGUCACGUGACUCUCAUUCCUUUGAGAAUUACUGUAACAUUUUGAAUUUUCAGAGAAAUUGAUGACAUUUUUAUACGACCGCAAAAAUUAAAAAUUUUUUGGUCGUAUAUUGGUAUGACGUUGGCGUCGUCGUCGUCGUCGUCGUCCGAAGACACAUUGGUUUUCGCACUCUAACUUUAGUUUAAGUGAAUGGAUCUCCAUGAAAUUUUACCAUAAGGUUCAAUACCACGAAAGGAAGGUUGGGAUUGAUUUUGGGGGUAAUGGUACCAACAGUUAAGGAAUUAGGGGCCAAAAAGGGGCCAAAAAUAAGCAUUUUUGCAACUUCCAGACAAUAACUUGUGUGUAAGUGUAUGGAUCUCUCUGACAUUGUACCACAAGGUUCCAUAUCACAAAGGGAAGGCUGUAAUUGAUUUUGGGGGUAAUUGCCUCAAAAUUGUAGGAAUUAGGGGCCAAAAAAGGGGCAAAAAACAAGCAUUUUUCUAGUUUCAUGACAAUAACUUGUGUGUAAGUGUUUGGAUAUUUCUGAAAUUGUACUACAAGGUUCCAUAUCACAAAGGGAAAGCUGGAAUUGAGUUUGGGUGUAAUUGCCGAAACGUUUAGGAAUUGGGGGCCAAAAAGGGGCCAAAAAUAAGCAUUUUUCUAGUUUCCAGACAAUUACUUGUGUUCAAGUGUAUGGAUCUCUCUGAAAUUGUACUGCAAGGUACCAUACCACAAAGGGAAGGCUGGGAUUGAGUUUGGGGGUGAUGAAUCAUAAGGGGGUUCAAAGAAUUU